AUGCGCCCGGGGGGCGUGCGCAGCUUCGCGCUGGAGCUGGCGCGGGGCCCGGACGACGCGUACCGCGGCGGCGAGCGCCUGUGCGGCCGGGUGCUGCUGGAGGUGGCGGCGCCGCUGCGGGUGCUAGCGCUCGAGGUGGCGGCGCGCGGCGGGGCGGUCACGCACUGGCUCGAGGGCCGAAGCGUGGGUGUCAACGCCGUGUCCAGCGACUACGCGGCCGCUGAGACGUACCUGCGACGGCGGCAGCUGCUGCUCCGAGGCACUGGAGAGACCACAACGCUGCCUCCUGGGCGUCAUGAAUUCCCAUUCAGCUUCCAGCUGCCACCGACGCUAGUGACUUCCUUUGAAGGCAAACACGGCAGUGUCAGAUACUGCAUCAAAGCCACCCUCCACCGGCCCUGGGUCCCUGCCCGUCGGACGAGGAAGGUGUUUACUGUCAUUGAGCCUGUGGACAUCAACACACCGGCUCUCCUGGCCCCUCAAGCCGGAGCUCGGGAAAAGAUCGCCCGAUCCUGGUACAGUAACCACGGCCUUGUCUCCCUCUCAGCCAAGAUCGACCGCAAAGGCUACACUCCAGGUGAAGUGAUCCCUGUCUUCGCUGAGAUCGACAAUGGCUCCACGCGCCCCGUGCUGCCUCGGGCAGCCGUGGUCCAGACCCAGACCUUCAUGGCACGAGGUGCCCGCAAACAGAAGCGAACCGUGGUGGCUAGUCUCUCGGGGGAGCCUGUGGGCCCCGGGCGGCGGGCACUGUGGCAGGGCCGGGCUCUGCGGAUCCCUCCUGUGGGUCCUUCCAUCUUGCACUGUCGCGUGUUACACGUGGACUACGCCCUCAAGGUCUGCGUGGACAUCCCGGGCUCAUCCAAGCUGCUCUUGGAGCUCCCACUGGUCAUCGGCACCAUCCCCCUGCACCCUUUCGGCAGCCGCUCAUCCAGCGUGGGCAGCCAUGCCAGCUUCCUGAUGGACUGGGGGCUGGGGGUCCUGCCAGAGCGUCCUGAAGCCCCUCCCGAGUACUCCGAAGUGGUGCCCGACGAGGAGGUGGCGGCCAUGGAGCAGAGCCUCUUGCCACUACUGCAGGACCCCGACGUAAGCAUGGAAGGCCCCUUCUUUGCCUACAUCCAGGAGUUCCGCUACCGCCCACCGCCCCUGUACUCGGAGGAGGAUCCAAACCCACCCUCUGAGGCCAGGAGGCCCCGCUGCAUGACCUGCUGA